AUGGCGGCAGAGAAUGCAUCAGGAAUUGCCCCCACGACAGCGAUGGUUGAUCAAGUCUUUAAUCAACAAGAGGUCCCUGUAGUAACUCAAGUAGCGCAUCCUAACUUGUCGCUCUAUGUCGGAGAUUUGGACCAAAGUGUCAACGAGGCACAUCUCUUGGAUCUCUUCAACCAAGUGGCUCCUGUCCAAACAGUUAGGGUUUGUCGUGACUUGACUGGUCGUUCACUUGGAUAUGCUUAUGUCAACUUCGCUAACCCUAAUGAUGCGAUGCGAGCGAUGGAUACUCUCAACUACAUACCGAUAAAAGGCAGACCUAUAAGGAUCAUGCGUUCGAACCGUGACCCGAGCACGAGACUUAGCGGUAAAGGCAACGUUUUCAUCAAAAACCUAGACGUAACGAUCGAUAACAAAGCUCUCUACGAUACGUUUUCGACCUUUGGGGCUAUUCUCUCUUGCAAGGUGGUUAUGGACGUGUAUGGAAAGUCCAAAUGUCACGGGUUUGUUCAGUUUGAGAACGUAGAAACCGCUCAGGCCGCUAUAGACAAACUUAACGGGAUGUUGCUUAAUGAUAAGAAAGUCUUUGUUGGACACUUUGUCCGACGUCAGGACAGGACUAGUUCCGAGGGUGGUAGGGUGCCACGUUUCACUAACGUGUACGUGAAGAAUUUGCCUAAAGAGGUUAAUGAUGAUGAGCUUGAGAAGACGUUUGGGAAGUAUGGUGAUAUUUCGAGUGCUGUUGUGAUGAAAGAUGAGAGGGGGGAGUCGAAGCGUUUUGGGUUUGUGAAUUUCAAGAGACCUGAGGACGCUGUGGUUGCGGUUGAGAAGGUGAACGGUGUUAGUCUUGGUGAGGAGGUGUUGUUUGUUGGGAAGGCUCAGAAGAAGUCUGAGAGGGUAGAGGAGUUGAGGAGGAAGUUUGAGCAAGAGAGGAUAAGCAAGUAUGAGAAGUUGCAAGGGAGAAAUCUGUAUGUGAAGAAUCUUGAUGAUAGUGUGGAUGAUGAGAAGCUUAAGGAGGUUUUCUCUGAGUAUGGGAAUGUGACAUCAACCAAGGUCAUGAUGAACUCAGCAGGUUUGAGCAGAGGGUUUGGUUUUGUUGCGUAUUCUAGUCCUGAAGAAGCUUCAAAAGCGAUGAAUGAAAUGAAUGGCAAAAUGAUGGGAAAGAAACCUCUUUACAUUGCUUUGGCUCAACGUAAGGAAGAGAGAAGGAAUCGCCUAACUCAGACCAAGUUUGCUCUGGUGAGACCGAACGGGACAAUGAUCACUCCAGUGCCAAUUCCUAUGCUUCAUCAUUAUCACCCACCAGCAGGGGCAAUGGAUGGACCACAUCAUCAAAUUUACUUGGGCGGCCAGAACGGUCAAGGUCUGAGGUCGUCACAACCUAUGGGAUAUGGCUACCAAUUUCAGUUCAUGCCUCGGUCUGGCCCGGCUAACAUGAUGAUGUCUUACCCUCUUCAUAGGCAAAACCAGCAUGGUCCCCGGGUUGGGUUUAGGCGUGGCGCUACUAACAUGCAACAGCUCUUCCAGCAACAAGAACAGAUCAUGCAGCAAGGAAUGAGAUACAUGGGAGGUGUAGGCAACAUGAGGAGUGGUAUGGAAGUAUCUGCUCCACAAGGCAUUGUCUCUUUGCCAUUGGAUGCAUCUGCAAUUUCUCAAAACCCACAGGAGCCACAACUCCUUCCCAUUUCUAAGCUCACCUCUGCCAUGGCUUUGGCCAGCCCCGCCAAUCACCCACAGAUGCUUGGGGAGCAGCUCUUCCCACUUGUGGAGAAGUAUGAGCCAGUACAUACUGCCAAAGUCACAGGGAUGUUGUUAGAUAUGGACCAAGCGGAGAUCUUGCACCUUUUGGAGGCACCUGAAGCUCUUAAGGCCAAAGUGUCUGAGGCUUUGGAUGCACUUAGGGCCGUUGAUGAACAUAUUGCUCCCUCAUUUGAGUGA